UAGUUAUCCCCGGGUCUCCCUGCCCGUCUCCCCACCUCCCCAACCCGUGGCCUCCGCACCCAGGCACGUUUCCAGCACCGAGCCUGAUGCCUUGUGCAUUUAUAGGGCUCGGUUGCCUUCUCUGUCAGAGGGCUUAUUUCACCAAUUUCAGAUGUAUCUGAUGUGGCUGAGGCUGCAGAGGGUCUGGGCAUUAGUGUGUGUGUGUGUGUGUGUGUGUGUGUGUGAGAGAGAGAGAGAGAGAGAGACAGAGACAGAGAGAGACAGAGAGAGAGAGAGAGAGAGACUGAAUUUGUGAGUGGGAUCGCCGUCCUGAACAGGUGUGUGGAGCUGAAUGUUUAAAUGUGAGGAUGAUUUCGAAAGUCUGAAGUUUGUGUUUUGUGCCCUAAAGAGUGUGUGUGUGUGUGUGUGUGUGUGUGUGUGUUUCUGUGUGUAGGUAGGAAUUGUACGGCUGUCACUGCCUCUGUAGGAUUUAAUUCAUGAAGGGUAGUUGUGCAGAGCCACGAAGGUGUGUAUGGUUGUGUGCCUGAGGGUGUACACGAAUGUGUAUGUGUGUGUGCAGAAUUGUAUGACUGCAUGCCUGGAAUUGCAUUUCUGAAGGUGUGGGUGGUUGCGUGCCUGAGGGUGUACAUGAAUGUGGCAAGUGUGUGUGUGAGUGUGUCUGUGUGCAGAAUUGUACAACUGUGUGCCUGGAAUUGCAUUUCUGAAGGUGUGUGGUUGUGUGCCUUAGGGUGUACAUGAAUGUGGGAAGUGUGUGUGUGUAGGGAUUGUAUGACUGCAUGCAUGGAGCUGCAUUUCUGAAGGUUUGUGUGGGUGUGUGUGUGGUUGCAUGUCUGAAGAGUUUGCAUGUGACUGUGUCUGUCUGGGGUCGUGGAUAUGUCAAUUGCAUACAAGAGGUUUUCGAGGUUAUGUGUGCAUGUGUGUGUCUGAGUGUGUGUGAUGUACUUGCUUUCCAUGCCGUCUCUCUCUUCCCUCACUCACUCCUCUGGCUAGCAUAGCAUUGACAUAAAAUGUACAGAAAGCAUUUUCAGUUUGCUCACUGUAGCUUGCUUUAGUUUUAGGGAUGUAAGAGGCUCCGAGAAGCAGCCCACACAUCUCAUCAGAUCUAAGUGUCUAGAGGUUGGGAGAACCAAGUGGGAAAGACCCACCCUCACCCCUCACCCUGUAGAAACUGGGGACACUAGAAGGGACAUUUUCUGAGCAGGAAACCCAAGAGGUAGGUCCAAAAGAAAGCCUAGACCCAGGAAAGCCUAGAAAAGAGAGAGCCCAGGGUGGGGGAGAAGAGAGAGACCCAGAGAGGCCCAAGUGGAGUCUAAGAUCACAUUUCAAGUCAAACAUUUUUUAAAACUAGUAUUAUUACUAAUUGACAAUCAUGAUGGUAUAUACUUAUAAGUGAUGCAGACAGGACAGAAAAAUUGAUAGUAAGACAUUCUCACACUGUAGCAUUUUACUCUAUUCUUAAUUUUGUGUGAGUUAGGUUUCUGCUUUUUAUCAACCACAGUUGGCAACUAUUUUAUGGUCAUCAGGUGCUAAGAUGUUGUUUUCUUUUCUUUUAGACAAGGUUUUAUGCUGUCACCCAAGUUGGAGUGCAGUGGUACGAUCAUAGCUCAUUGCAGCCUCAAACUCCUGGGUUCAAGCGAUCCUCCUGCUUUAGCCUCUUGAGUAGCUAGGACUACAGGCACAGGCCACCAUGCCUGGCUAAUUUUUAAUUUUUUAAAAAGAGACAGGGUCUGGCUAUGUUGCCCAGGCUGGCCAUGAACUCCUGGGCUCAAGCGGUUCUCCAGCCUUCACCUCCCAAAGUGUUGGGAUUGCAGGCAUGAGCCACUGCGUCUGGCCCACAGAUGCUAAGUGUUGUCUGCUCUUCUCCAGGGGUCAGCAAAUUUUUUCAGCAAAUGGCCCGAGAGUAAAUAUUUUGAGCUUUGUGGCCCGUACAAUCUCUGUCCCAACAACUCAACUCAGGCAUUGUAGCUUGAAAGCAGCUGUAGACAAUAGGUAAUGCAUGAGUGUGGCUGUGUGCCAAUAAAACUUUAUUUACAAAAACAAGCAGUAGGCUGAAUUUGACUAGCAGACCAUAGUUUGUCAAUACCGUAUUACGUCUUGUAAGGAAGAGAAAGGAACCAGACAAAACUCUAGCCUCGGGAGUUUUCCUGACUGUUCAGAUCUUAGCUGAAUGAUCUCCCUUGGUAUCUACAGGCAACUUCCUGCUGUGGCUUAGGGACUGGAAACAUAAUAUCCCAGAGGGAUUCCCUGUGUAGUCUGUGGUUCACUCUUUGGGAUUUUUUUUUUUCACAGCAAGGAGAAGCAGCAUUGUGGUUUCAGGAGAUGGGUCCAUUUGGAGCAGGAUCCUAAGUGGGGCUUGGCAUUGGGAAUUUGGGUUAGCUCUAGAGGACGCAGGAUCUGGAAAAUCAGGGCAGAUUUCCCAUCCCUUGGAUAUGGUGGGGAGUUGAGGAGGGCAAGGAAGAUCCCAGAAAAGCCAGUGGCAGCAAAACACAAAGGCCAGGGACCUACGUACUGGUAAAACUGAGACCUCCAAGAAACCUGCAGCUCGACCUGGUUGAAUUCAGAUAGACCAUGAGCAGCCAUGGCAACAGCCUGUUCCUGCGGGAGAGCGGCCAGCGGCUGGGCCGGGUGGGCUGGCUGCAGCGGCUGCAGGAAAGCCUGCAGCAGAGGGCACUGCGCACGCGCCUGCGCCUGCAGACCCUGACCCGCGAGCACGUGCUGCGCUUCCUGCGCCGAAACGCCUUCAUUCUGCUGACGGUCAGCGCCGUGGUCAUUGGGGUCAGCCUGGCCUUUGCCCUGCGCCCGUAUCAGCUCACCUACCGCCAGAUCAAGUACUUCUCUUUUCCUGGAGAGCUUCUGAUGAGGAUGCUGCAGAUGCUGGUGUUACCUCUCAUUGUCUCCAGCCUGGUCACAGGUAUGGCAUCCCUGGACAACAAGGCCACGGGGCGGAUGGGGAUGCGGGCAGCUGUGUACUACAUGGUGACGACCAUCAUCGCGGUCUUCAUCGGCAUCCUCAUGGUCACCAUCAUCCAUCCCGGGAAGGGCUCCAAGGAGGGGCUGCAUCGGGAGGGCCGGAUCGAGACCAUCCCCACAGCUGAUGCCUUCAUGGACCUGAUCAGAAAUAUGUUUCCACCAAACCUUGUGGAGGCCUGCUUCAAACAGUUCAAGACGCAGUACAGCACGAGGGUGGUAACCAGGACCAUGGUGAGGACAGAGAACGGGUCGGAGCCGGGUGCCUCCAUGCCUCCUCCAUUCUCAGUGGAGAACGGAACCAGCUUCCUGGAAAAUGUCACUCGGGCCUUGGGUACCCUGCAGGAGGUGCUGAGCUUUGAGGAGACUGUACCCGUGCCUGGCUCCGCCAAUGGCAUCAACGCCCUGGGCCUCGUGGUCUUCUCUGUGGCCUUUGGGCUGGUCAUUGGUGGCAUGAAACACAAGGGCAGAGUCCUCAGGGACUUCUUCGACAGCCUCAAUGAGGCUAUUAUGAGGCUGGUGGGCAUCAUUAUCUGGUAUGCACCUGUGGGCAUCCUGUUCCUGAUUGCUGGGAAGAUUCUGGAGAUGGAAGACAUGGCCGUCCUGGGGGGUCAACUGGGCAUGUACACCCUGACCGUCAUCGUGGGCCUGUUCCUCCAUGCCGGCAUUGUCCUUCCCCUCAUCUACUUCCUCGUCACUCACCGGAACCCUUUCCCCUUCAUUGGGGGCAUGCUACAAGCCCUCAUCACUGCUAUGGGCACGUCUUCCAGCUCGGCAACGCUGCCCAUCACCUUCCGCUGCCUGGAGGAGGGCCUGGGUGUGGACCGCCGCAUCACCAGGUUCGUCCUGCCCGUGGGCGCCACGGUCAACAUGGAUGGCACUGCCCUCUACGAGGCCCUGGCUGCCAUCUUCAUUGCUCAAGUUAACAACUACGAGCUCAACCUGGGUCAGAUCACAACCAUCAGCAUCACGGCCACAGCAGCCAGUGUUGGGGCUGCUGGCAUCCCCCAGGCGGGUCUGGUCACCAUGGUCAUUGUGCUCACGUCGGUCGGCUUGCCCACGGAAGACAUCACGCUCAUCAUCGCCGUGGACUGGUUCCUUGACCGGCUUCGCACAAUGACCAACGUACUGGGGGACUCAAUUGGAGCGGCCGUCAUCGAGCACUUGUCUCAGCGGGAGCUGGAGCUUCAGGAAGCUGAGCUCACCCUCCCCAGCCUGGGGAAACCCUACAAGUCCCUCAUGGCACAGGAGAAGGGGGCAUCCCGCGGACGGGGAGGCAACGAGAGUGCUAUGUGAGGGGCCUCCAGCUCUGCCCCCCAGAGAGGAGGGAAGGGGGCUGGGGAGGGGAGUCCUGGUGACACAUCUGUUGCCCAACUGACCGUGGGCUGAACACACGUUCUGCUUGACUCAUUUAGGGGGGAGGGAAAAGUGAAAUAAAGGAGCAGGAAUGA